CAAAAGUGCAUAACAAAACAAAAAAGAACUGGAGUCCAAUGCCGUGGCUUAUAAAUUAAGGACUCCAUUUCCCUGCAAAAGCAAAGCUUUAGAAGUUGGAUAGAGUGGUAGUGCCAACAACUUCUUCUUUCUCUCUCACCGACACUCACGCCUGAGACUGGAGCCAGAUAAGAAAAAAAUCAUCUAUGGAGGACGGCGCAGGAAGAGGUUUGGGAUGCCAGAAGACUAUGGAUGGGAAGGCGAGUAACGGGAAUGGUGUAGGAAAGGAAAUUCCUUCCUGUUGUUUGAAGGCUAUGGCUUCAGCCCCUGAGUCUGAGGCAAAGUGUCAUUCCACUGUUGUUUCUGGGUGGUUCUCGGCAUCUCAGACUCAUUCUGGCAAGUCAAGGAAAGUCCAAUAUUUUAACAAUCCAAUGUGGCCAGGAGAAGCUCAUUCCAUCAAAGUUGAGGAGAUCCUCUUCAAGGAAAAGUCAGAGUACCAAGAAGUCUUGGUUUUUCAGUCGGCGGCAUAUGGGAAAGUGCUGGUGCUUGACGGGAUUGUUCAGUUGACUGAGAAGGAUGAAUGCGCUUAUCAGGAGAUGAUUGCUCAUCUUCCCCUUUGUUCAAUUGAGUCCCCCAAAAAUGUGAGUCAAUUAUUUGGUAACUUUUCCACUUUUGUUUUGUUUUGUUUUUAUAAUUUGCUAAAAAUGGUUUUUGUGAUGUUGUUUCAGGUUUUAGUUGUUGGUGGAGGAGAUGGUGGGGUUCUAAGAGAAGUAUCCCGCCACAGCUCUGUUGAACACAUCGAUAUUUGUGAGAUAGAUAAGAUGGUUAUUGAUGUAUCUAGGAAGUAUUUUCCAGAGUUAGCCAUUGGAUUUGAAGAUCCUCGAGUACACCUGCAUGUUGGUGAUGCUGUUGAUUUUCUUAAACGUGCUCCUGAAGGAAAGUAUGACGCCAUCAUUGUUGAUUCCUCGGACCCUGUCGGUCCUGCUCAGGAACUUGUAGAGAAACCAUUUUUUGAUACAAUAGCUAAAGCCUUAAGGCCUGGUGGAGUUCUUUGUAAUAUGGCUGAAAGCAUGUGGCUUCAUACACACCUCAUUCAAGACAUGAUAUCCAUUUGUCAAGAAACUUUCAAAGGUUCUGUACACUAUGCAUGGGCAAGUGUUCCAACAUAUCCAAGUGGCGUUAUAGGCUUUCUUCUGUGCUCAACAAAGGGGCCUCCUGUUGAUUUUGUGAAGCCCAUCAACCCCAUCGAAAAGAUAAAAGGUGCUGAUAAGCAUGGAAGAGAACUUCGGUUCUAUAACUCACAGAUGCAUUCAGCUGCUUUUGCAUUGCCCACAUUUCUGAAGAGGGAGGUGAGCUUGCUGCGAGAUAAACUUCAUCAGUAAAAAAGGCAUGUUUGUGUGUUGUAGCCUCUCCAAAAAUCUUGGUUAAAAAUUGUUGAGAUUAUGUGUUGUUAAGACCAAAUUCUGUAUAUGGAGAUUUACUCUUAUGUUAAACUCUGGCCAUUUUAGGUUGCUUUGUCA